AUGCUUCUCUCCGGUUAUGUGGCGGGCGAAGACGGCACUACGAACUCAACUGAUGAGGUCUUGCUGGUGCGCAUGAUUCCUUUCGCUGAUUUGAACACGAAAGAACCCUCUUAUGGCACUGGAUCCUUCGCCUUCAAAGACAUUCGCUAUCCCAUCGCUGACGGUCUUAUCGCAUCAGCAUCGAAUGGUGUCGAUAGUGUCUAUCGGAAUGAGCCUCCUGUGGUGCACGAGUGCAUGUUGUCUUGGUGCGUUAGGCGAGUAAGAUCAUCGUACGAGUGGGGUGUGUACAGCGAGAGUACCGAGGAGACAUUUCUCAACAUCGCAACUGAACCUGAUCCUUGGCCAUGGACAGUCAUCGAUGACUUCUUCACAUAUUGGCCAAACAUCACACUGGAAGCGCCAGCCGUGGACUUUCCUGAUACCAACGUCACUUAUUCUGUGUGGAACGAUACCGCUUUCCAAAUCAUGGUCGUCUGGGACGACUUUUUCCCGUCGUUCUACACAGCUACGGAUAGGGACUCAGAGCCUGUGUUAAGGUUCAAGGACUACCCAAAUGGGCCUACUACUCGCUCCAUUGACUCCAAUCCAUGGUUAGCGCCGAAAAACGUUACGCGUCACAUGGAAGGGCUUGCAUCAGCCCUCACCAACGUCAUGCGCUCGAACUCCAAGACUACCGAAGCGCUUCUCGGUGAGGCAUACAAUCAAGAGAAGUUCGUUCACAUCAACUGGCCGUGGCUCAUAUUCCCGUUGCUGCUUCUGCUACUGAGCCUAGUGUUCUUGGUCGCUACCAUCAUCAAAACGUCGAAUGAUACCGACACGGGGUUUUGGAAGACUUCGGCGAUGCCAACGUUGAUGUACGGUCUACCACAAGAUAUGCGGAAGGACAGUAUCUCAACCACGAGCUCGGAUGGCACACCACAUCACGAUCCCCGCAAGGUUAGAAUUAGACUCUUGCCAAAGCAAGGCUGGAGAGUGUCGGGACAGGUGCAGCCAGCACCGACAGCUCCACCUGGUUUUAUAUAA